CCGGCGACGGCGACGCGGCGGCCAUGGAGGCGGCGGGGCUGCCCGCCGCGCUGGAGCUGGCGGCCGGCGGCGGCGCGGGGCUGAGCCCGGAGAAGCGGGCGGCGCUGGGGGCUUCGCUGCCGCUGCUGCGGCGAGACUACCGCUUCGAGGCGGUCUGGUUCUGGGGCUGCGUCCAGGGCGUGCGCGGCGCCUACUACAUCGCCCAGGGGCUGGGCGCAGACCGCGCCGCGCCGCGCAGCCGCCUCUACAGCUUGAACUGCGUGGAUUGGAGCCUGCUGACGCCGGUGACCAAGGAGGUGGAGGCGCAGGCUGAGAAGCUGAAGGGCCGUUUCCAGGGGGAUCCUUCUUUCCAGUAUGAGCACGCCGAGGUAAACGCGGAAGAUGCCGAAAGAUUGCUUGAAGACGGUAAGGAGCCUGUGAUCAAGGAGGAGGACCGCCUCAUAGCUACGAUAGACCAGAUAGACAGAGCAGUUGGUAUCAUUCCCCGAGGUGCAUUUGUGAAGACUCCUCUUGGGUCUGUGCAUGAAAACAGAAACUUUGAAGGUCUUUCUUUGACGGAGGCAAAAAAAAUGAGUUCCUAUUUCCAUUUUACGGAGCCUGUUAAUCUGAAGAAUAAAACCCUGCUGGAAAAGGCUAACUGGGACCCAUCCAUUGACUUUCUGGACUCUCUGGAGCAUGAUAUCCCACAAGGCUCCUGGACUGUCCAGCUGGAGAAAGGAGGCACUGUGGUGGUGCUGAGGAGUCUGCUGUGGCCGGGACUGACGUUCUACCAUGUCCCAAUGACUAAGCAAUACGGCUAUGUCUACUUUGGCACUGUGUGUCUCCAGCUGACCAACUUCCUUGUGUGGCAGUCGUUUCUCAAGUGAAAUCAUCUAUGUCCCUGCUGCUGCAGUUCCAAGCUACGCUCAAGCCAUUUGGCUUAAAACACUGCAUACUCAACAGAAGAUUUGUCCAUUUCAGAAGAUCCCCGCAGUUAGCAGGCCAGGUGCCUCUCCCAGCAUACUUGUGCAGAUGCAUCUUACCACAGGGAGAAAGCAGACAGGUACAGCCAACUUUAUGGGGCAGCUGUGGAGGGAAGUGAACGAGCAUGCAGAAGAAUCAAAGAAAAAAAUACGCCUGGCAAGUUCUCCUGGUGCCGUCAUGUUCCAUGAAAUUCACAUUCUGUGCUAGUGGACAGCCAAGCCUGUAACUACAGAUUUGCUUUAAUCACUGGACAGCUCCCAUGAGGCUGGACCCAGAUUCCCACCCCUGUAAUCUGCAGCAUUUGAUGAAAACAACUUGGAUUGAAUUAAUCUAGGGCUAACAGGCAAAGAGCAGUUUGGUUUUCCCUAAUUGCAGCCAAAGCAAGAUGACAUAUUUACUGCCUACUCAGACUAAUGAUGUUUGAAGUGGGUGAGGGGGAGAAGGAAAAACAAGUUUAGCCUUCACCUUUAAAAGGUCUGGAUAAACUCGCUAAACAAAACACUACGUAUAACACAAUCUUGUGAAUGGAUGGCAACUGAAACAGAGGCAUCUCUGCAUUUCAAUAUCUGCAGACAAUUUGGAAAGCAAGAUCCUUGACUGGUUACAUGCAAUUCAUUAAAACCUUCAUUUAUCACAAUAGGAGUUCUGUCUGCAUAGCCAAAUUACUACUGGGCUGUAGACAAGCCUGCCUGUCAUUAUUUCCAGUUACACAAGAACGUAUUUCCUCCUUUAACCCUUACUCCUGGGAGCUGUACGCCAUUCUCUAGGCAUUUUGUAAGAAGACUGCAGGUUCCAAGCCCGUUGCCUCCUGACAAUGAUGAAAAUCAAUUUUUUAAAUCUGAUGGCUAUGAAAAAUCAAGUCAGGUCUGGGAUUCAGUGGAUAGACAUACCCAGACAACAAACAGUGGGUGUUUGUACCUCAGGCUCCUUUAUCCUGAGCCUCAGUGGAGUCUAAGGACUGAACUGGCAAUGACGGCUGCAGCCCUCCACACCACAGCUGAGGCAGGUUGGGACCGUGACCCGUGAGUGCUCACAAUGCCUGUUUGGUUGAUUAAUAACUUCGGAGACAUUGGUCCCCCAGUUCUCUGACAGCUAAAGUAACUCAUUAUGCUCCUACUUUAGGCUGUGCUAGUUGCCCAUGACAAAAGGAAAGUCCUAUGAGGUCAUAUUACUCAGCUCCCUCAGGGGCUAAUUCAACACUUCCCUUUUCAUAGUGCCUUAUUCAGGCCAAUUACAAGCGUCCCAAGCAAAAAAGCUCACACUUUCCCUUCUGUGCAGCCGACUGAUCUCAGCUUAUCAAUCUCAAAGAAACCACUGUGAUCCCACCUAUUCUGGUCUCUCACUAAGCAUGGGUUACAGGUUAUGCUGUAUGAACCAGCCCGUAUCUUUAACAUAGCUGGCCUUGAUUUACAGUCUUUUAGGACAAUUCAGCCACCAAUGCGUAAACUGUCUAAUUAAACAGUUUAAUAAACCGUUUAAUUACCCACACAGUUAAA